UUAACGUGCUAUAUUUCGGGUCGUGUCGGGUUGACUCAAACCCGAACCAAGUUGAGGUCGGGUUCGCAAAAGUGACCCGAAUCCAAAACCGGGUUGGGUUCGGGUCAGUUAAAAAACUGGCGGGUCAAAGUCGCGUUGGAACCGAACUCGAACCGUGGGCACGAUUUGACAGACCCACACCAAACUCUCUAGCCUAUUUAAAAUUCAGUCCAAAACUUGUUAAGUAUAGUAGUGAUCAUUCAUUUCAGUCCAAAGGAGUACUUAUACAUCUGAAUUCUAAUGAAAAGACACACCUCUUUAUUCAAACUUAAAUUGAGAGGUAAAGGGGAGAGAGAGGAGGGGUCGCCCCCCUCUUGCUCCAUGCUUGGACCCACUUGGAAACUACCUAUACUCUCUCGAUGCACACUCAUACUCUAGCAUGGUCGAGCCUUACUACUUUAGAAUGACUUAGACUUAAUAAAAUGACUACUAACGAAUCAAAAUACAAUAAUAUGAAGUCUACAUAGCACUUACAACACCAAAAAAAUAUGAAAUUACAUAAAUACAGAAGGUUAAACUCAUAAAAUAUAAAAAAGAUGUAGAUUCUCGUGAUUAGUGCUCACGAAUCUUUCAUAUCUUGAACUCAUGUACUUUUGCCCUUGCCUUAGUGAUUGUACCACUUUCAUGUAUUACAUCAUAUAGGUUUUUGAUUGUCCAAUUAUUUAGUGAUCUCGUUGGAGAUGGCUCUUACAGACUUUGAAUUAAUUGUGGUUGAAGUUUGUACUUGAAUUUAUUUUAGGAGUCAUAAAAAUUGUGUAAUUGCAAUACUAUUUUGUAAAGAGAGUGCAUACUUAUUUAUCCCUGAUUUGGUUAUGCUACGAGCACAUUACUUGUGAUUUCUUUUUUUUUUUUGACUUUAACUGUGUUUAAGUCUUUAACAUGCAUUUUAUCUACUGUAAUGAUUGCAAUGAUUUUGUAUAGUGCUAAACACAAUCACGUCUAUCAUUUUAGGUUUUCAUUGGACACCUAGUAUAUUAAUUAUUGAUGUGGUAAGUUUUUCUUAAUUGUUCCUAUUGAUUUGUUUUGGUUAGUGUUGAGUGAAGCAAUUUGUUGGCUAUGAUAGUAGCUGAGAUUGUCAUGGUUGUUUUUCAGCUUGUUGAGUUGCAGUGAAGCAAUUGAUUUUGACCAUUUAUGUGCAUGUGCUCAUGGCCAUGUGCUCAUGCAUACAAACACACUCGCUUUGUUGAGUGUGAAGUCAUCCAUCUCAGUGCCCGCACAAACCAGCUGCACAAAGCCCUCUACGCACCUGUCUGUUUUACUUGCACAUGCAAAGUGCACCCAUGACUUUCCAUUUGCGUUAGUUUGUGCAACCUGUGCUUACCAAAUAUGCUCUCGAAUGCAAUUUUUUCACAACUGCAAAAGUGGCAACCUAUUUUGGGAUCAUCAGGACUCGUUAAAUGAAAUAUGGGUCCAACGAUUAUUCUUGUGAUGUUCUUCUAGGAUGGACAUAUCUUUUAGAGAUGCAGAAAGAUUAUGGUCAAGCAUAUGGCAUAAAGAGAAUCUGGUUAAUAAAAAGAGAAGAUGGUUGAUGCAGCUACCCUCGCUGGACACAAAUGAAGUUGAUUUGACGAAGAAAAAAAAAUGUAGUUCAUUUUCAAAUGCGUUCUUAGCAGAGUCAUUUGUGAGGAGAGAUGAAGUUUCUUCCCAGGCUGUCAAAAGAAAUAUUGAGUGCAAUUACAAAGAAUUAUAUUAUACCGAAGAAAAACUCCGUGAUUUUCAUAAUUACAUGGUGUUAUCUGACCUGCAUAUAUUGCAAAGCUUUUUUGUGGAACCAUCCAAUUUAAUGAAAUUUCACUUUACAGUUGAUCUCUUGAGCAAUAAUGCAUUAGGCCUUCUUGCUAACUUAGUUACUAAAGGCAAGAUUAACUUUGAGAGAACACGCCCAAGAAUGAAAAAGAUUAUAAAGAAUCAUUUUCCAAAUGUUCUUUCAGCAUCAAAAGAUGGGGCAUUGAUAGCAACUCUUCAUCAGUUAUGUGAAAUUUUGAGAAACUCUAAGAAUUAUGAGGAGAAACAAUCAAGCUUAAUGACUCCAGCGUGUUCAUCUACUCUACCAUCCCUAUACAAAGCUUUGAAGCUACUUGACAGCAUGCCUCUCUUUGUUCUCAUUGCAUUGAAUAGGAAACUUAAGGGUAAAAUGGCGGUUCCCCGGUUUCCGCCUUCCAAGAUUGGAUACAAUAAGAAAGUGUUUGUUAAUAAGAUUAGGAAAAUAUGUCAGAAACUCAUUCUAAUUCUAAAUAAUGAAAAUUCCAUGCCGGAAGAACUACUGAAAGCAAUGUCUAUAAUCCAUCUUUAUUUCAAGUACAAAACAAAGGUUUCUGACAUAUUUACAGCAAAAUUCUUCUCUUUCUCAAUAGAAACAGUUAUCCUGCAGAAUGAUAUCUUAAAAGCUCUUUGGUCCAUCCCAAAGGUUACAUCUUAUCAGAUAAAUGCUUUGCAGACUAUUCUUGGAGUCAAAUUGGGAAAUGAUUCUAGUAGCUUCCUUAAUGAUCUUAAGCAAUAUUUGGUUCAAUAUCUGUUUGAAUGUGAUGGAAUAGAGAUCCCUAGUGAUGUCUCUAAUGUUUUAGCCACACUAAACAAGAGUUCUCGUAUUCAACCUCAAAUAUGCUCAAACGAGACUAUUGAACUAGAGACCGAGGCUAUCUUUAAUGUGAGCGUUGAGCUUAAUCAAGUUGUAUCAAACUUGGUGUCAUGCACUAGCUCUGAUGAGAAAGCUGCAGAGAGUCUAGAAAGUGACGAUGAUACCAAGAGCAAUGAUUUUGAACUUGUUGAGAAUGGCUAUUGUUCCAAUCCUGUCAAAAGUCAGCAGAAACAGAAGACUGAUUUUUCUAUAAAUGAUGAAUUAGAGACUACUGGAGAUUCAAAGCCUGGAACAUCCUUUAUUUCUGCUACUACUGAUAGGUGCAGUGAUGUUCUCCUUUCUGAGGCUUCUAAGAGUAUAGAUCAUGGUUUUGUCCAAAGCCCCCUUUGUACAGAUUGCAGAGAAACUUCUCUCCCGAGUACCCAAGCAUCUAAAGAUUGUAGAGAUAUUUCAAUCAAAGAACUUUGUGAUGAGACGAGUUUAGUUUCUUAUAGACUUAUAGGUCACAUGCUGAAUAGUUUUUUGCUUGUGGAAGGUCGAGAUGUAGGUGCUGCGACUAGGCAACAUCUCACUGGUGAAGCAUCGCAUUCUGCAACUUUUAAAGCAGAUAAAAUAGACGUGCUAAAUGCUUACGGGGAGAAUGUUGGCAUGAAGGUCUUCAUGCAUUCCUUAAAGGAUCUGCUACCUUCUAUGACAAAGAGAUGCACACAGAGUGUGGUGAAACUCAUCAAGCAGCCUUGAUUAUUUAAUUGCUUAUUUAAAUUUUGGAUGGAGUAUAUUAUUACGCGAACCAGUCAUCAGAGCUACAGGCAAGGUCCAAUCCUGCUCUGAGUUUUUUUGUUUGUCCCAUAUCAGUUUCUUCAUUAUGUAAUCCUUAUGUACUAAUCUUGUUUUGUUGCUGUACAUUUCUUGCCAAUGAAAAAGCACCGGUUUACGAAGUA